UCUCGCAAGCUCUGUAUAUAUAGUAUACUUGCGCAUAAUAAAAAUUGUAAAUAUAAUAGUGUUAUUUGUUCCGUUUGCUGGUGUUCGGUGUGAGGAUUGACGAUAUACCUUGGUUGCCGAGGAGAGAUAACAAAAACAAUCCAAACAACAACUACUUGAGAGAAAUUCGUAAACCAUAACCUCACUUUCGUAGCGUUAUCCAUACAGAGAGAAAAACGCUGGACCGGUGGGCCGGCCUGCCUUUGUUAACGAGCUGUCCAAGUCGUCUUACAAACAUUUUCUAAUAAUCUAGUUCAAAGGGCCAACCUUGUACCCUAUAUUCCCACAAAAAAAAUUUACUCACUUGGACAAUCGGAGCAUCCUGAAUUCUGCAUCAGGCUUCUAACUAACGCCAAACGCCGCGUUCGCGUCGACGAGCGUAAACCCUCGAACCGGAGUGCAAAGAGCCAUCAGACGACGACCCGUGGAGUACGAGCUCUCGGCGAAGCUGUAUGAGAAAGAGGACAGGAGUCGUCCUUAAAGAAGUACGCCCGAUAACCGGUGGCGCACUCGAAGGGGGCUCGUGAGGCCGGACGUGAACUAACAGAAAAUAGUGAAAAGGAGUCGCUCUGCUGAGCCAAAGACGUCGGCCGCAGGAUGAAGUGGCUGGGCGCGGGCAGCGCCGGGGCCGGGGGCGAGCCGGCUCCACCGAUGCAGCUCCAUCCUACUCAUAAUGGACACAUACCCACAGACACAGAUAAUUGCGGUCAGGUUAUGGCAGGUGGUGAUGCCAGUCGCCUACCACCAGGUCAGGCACAUCAAAUUGGUGUAAAUAGAGUUCAGGAUGAAGCCAUGGUGGGUUAUGUAUUUCAACGUCCGACAGAUCAAGAGUUUGGUGUUCAGACAUCAGCUUUUCAAACAAAACAAUCCCCACGAGCUUGGGCCUUAGCUGAUGAUGGGAUAAUCGAUAAUCAAGAAAAGUGGAAAUACCCAAUGAACAAAAUUGGAGUGCCACAACAGACUCAGCCACAGCAGCUUGGACUUCAAGCUAUGAAUAAUGUACAUAUGCCUUAUGAAAUACAUCCAAUGCAAUUAAAGAGUGGAAUGCCAACAGAAAAUUUAGUUUAUCUUAAUAAUCAGAUGGCACCUCAGCAUCAAGUUGCCUUGUUUCACCAUCAACAACAGCAACAGCAGCAGCAACAACAGCAGCAGCAGCAAUUCAGAAAUGGCCAGAUCGCUCCUUCGGCAAAAAAACUAUGGGGCGUCGACGAAGGCGGCUCCAAGGACGAAGGAGGCGUCAAGGGUGGUGGGAUACUUCACCUGGGUGAUCAAAUGUGGCGGGACUCGACGUGGAGCACCUCUGAUCAUGCAGUUUCGCAGCCGAUUUCAAUGGGCACCGGUAGGUCUCGGAUUGGAGUUGGCGGUGGGUUUCAGACAUCGGAAGUUGGAGCUGUUCUCAGUCCACGAAGCAGUGAAACUGGAGGGCUCGGAGUUAAAAUGGUCGAGUACGUGCUUGGAUCGAGUCCCACGACCCCGAAAGAGUUGGAGCCGCGAAUGGCGUCCCUCAGAUUGAACGACACAGACAAAAAGGACAAAGACAAGGGUACAGCCAGUCCCUUUGAUAAUUCAAAGGACGAUACUGGUCCUCAAGGAAACGGACUUUCCUCACAAAAUGGUCUCGACGACGAUAAAGGAUUCAACCGCACACCUGGCAGUAGACAGCCAUCGCCGGGUGAGGAGGAAUUUCAAAAAAAUGCGACUCUGGCCGUGAGCACAGGUGCCGGUGGCGUGGUCCUUCUGAAGCCCGGCGUCGACGUGAUGGGCGGCGAGGAGCACUACAUGACAGCUUUCGCCCCGGCACCGCACCAUCUUCAGCAUCACCAGGCCCCGCCGACCCAUCCGAUGCAACAUCCACAGUCACACGCUGCCCAGCUAUUCGGAGCCCAAGGCCCGCCUCAAGGACUACCCUCGCAGCAGCAGCAGCAACAGCAGGGGCCACCUCAGCCACAGGACACGACAGGGCACUUUGACGUACAGCAAUUGUUUCGCAGCCAAGCCCAAGGAGCGACGCCCCAGCAGCUCCAGUUGCUCCAGCAGCAGCAGCAGCAGCAGCAACAGCAGCAACAACAGUACUUGGCGAGCCAAGCCCAACAGCAGCAACAACAGGCGGCCCAACAGCAGCAGAACUUCUCGGCGGCGCCGUACACGGUGAUAGGCGGCCAGGAGCCGUACAUCGGCCUCGUCACCGGCCAGGUACCGCCCGUCGUGCCCCCCUACUAUGCCGGGCCCUGGGUCUACCCGGCCGGGCUUCUGCCCCAGGCUCAGGCCGCCGCGCCACCGCCCAGGCGCCCGCUCACCCCCACCUCGGUGGCCGUCGCCCAGGACACCGCCAACAACCUCGCCCAGACGGUUCAAGGCCAGUAUCAAGUCAUACCAGCGUACUACGAUCAGAACGGCUCGAUCGUGAUGGGCGGCAUGCGAGGCUUGGGCUCGGCGGCGACGCCGAUGCGACUGGUCAGUCCGGCCCAGGUGAUCGUGAACCGCGCGCCCUCGCAGCCACCCCCGGGACCGCAGGCACCGCCACCGCCAAGUCUCUACAGCCAGGCCACCCCGACGUCCCACAGCAACGCCACGCCCGGCGAGUGUUUGGGUCUUGCGGCGUGCAGUGCGGCUGCCGUGGUCGCCCAGGCCCAGGCGGUCGCCGUUCAGCAGGCCCAACAGCAGGGCUCGGGACUCGCCGCUGGUCUAGCGGCCCUGGGCUACGGUGGCUCGCCCCUAGGAGCCCUCGGCUCUCCGGCCCAACUACAGAGCACAGGUUUGGGUCUCGGAGCAUCGUCUACUGGUAGAAGGGAUUCCUUCGAUAGAAAUACCUCGGCAUUUAGUCCCAGCUUAGAAUACAACCGAGGGAAGUGGCCGCAGAACUACGGCGCUCUUGAAUAUUCGAACGCAGGCACGGUGACGGCCUCGCCUAGUCCCCUCGGCUUGUCACUGACACCGCCACCCUCGAUCGGUGGCUCCCUCGGUGGUUUGGUGGGUGGGGCCAACCGCGUCUCCGCAGCCCCAGGUGCCGAAGCCAAGUUCCGCGCCAGCGGAGUUCCAGCCCUCACGACCAACGGCGUCUUUGGCUCGAGUAGCUCGCUGUUUCCAAAUCUCGUUGGUAAGCCGGGACGAGCCGGCGCUGCUGGUGUUGGCAGCGACAAGAACACUGGGGGCAGGUCCCGAUUGCUGGAGGAUUUUAGAAACAACAGAUUCCCAAGCCUUCAGCUUCGCGACUUGGCCAAUCACAUAGUGGAGUUCAGCCAAGACCAGCACGGCUCGCGGUUCAUUCAGCAGAAACUCGAGAGGGCGACGGCCAGUGAAAAACAACUAGUGUUCCAGGAGAUUCUCGCCUCCGCGUAUUCACUCAUGACCGACGUUUUCGGCAACUACGUCAUACAAAAGUUCUUCGAGUUCGGCACGCCCGAGCAGAAAUCCACUCUGGCCCAGAAGGUGCGUGGACACGUUUUACCGCUCGCCUUGCAAAUGUACGGCUGCCGAGUCAUUCAAAAGGCCCUGGAGUCCAUCGGGCCGGAACAACAGCAGGAGAUCGUGCGCGAGCUCGACGGUCACGUGCUCAAGUGCGUGAAGGACCAGAAUGGCAAUCACGUGGUGCAAAAGUGCAUAGAGUGCGUCGAGCCGCGAGCUUUGCAAUUCGUCAUUGGUGCCUUCGCCGGCCAGGUACACUCGCUCAGUACGCACCCGUAUGGCUGUCGGGUCAUCCAGCGCAUUCUUGAGCACUGCACCCCGGAACAGACGCAGGGCAUUCUCCAGGAACUACACGCGGCCACCGAUCAACUCAUACAAGACCAAUACGGCAACUACGUUAUUCAACACGUACUUGAGCACGGCAAACCAGAGGACAAGGCCCAGCUAAUUAACAGCGUUCGCGGUAAGGUCUUGGCCCUCUCGCAGCACAAGUUUGCCAGUAACGUCGUCGAAAAAUGCGUAACUCACGCCACCAGACAAGAACGAACUGUCCUCAUCGAGGAAGUUUGUGGUUUUAACGACAGUGCAUUGAAUGUCAUGAUGAAAGACCAAUACGCGAAUUACGUCGUGCAAAAGAUGAUAGACGUCGCGGAGCCGGCUCAACGUAAGAUACUGAUGCACAAGAUUCGACCGCAUCUGGCCGGGCUUCGCAAGUACACUUACGGCAAGCACAUAAUCGUCAAGUUGGAAAAAUUCUUUAUGAAGACUGCUAACGCCAUCGGAUCCUCGUCCUCGAGUGGAUCUAACAACGCCGGUGACCUCGGUCCCAUCGGACCGCCAGCGUCCACGGCUGGCUCCACGACUUCGUCUCAACAAUCGGCUCAGGUUUUAUAAAAGAAAAACACACAACGACCACCAAUUCGAUCGUUUCAACUGCGAAACAAGAUCUAUCAUUAACGCGAUUAUCCAAUACGAUUACUUUGCCGCUGAUGCCUCGAAUUAGAAAAAUUUUUGCAAGAACUCAAGCGUAUUAGAAAUGCAGAUGAUAUUCCAUGAAGAUGUUUUUUUUCUCUCUCUUUCUCUUUCUUUCUUUGAAUUUGAUUUUGUAAAAGACAUUAGUGUCGUAUAUUGAGGGUAUCGGCGCAAAAUUUGAGGCUAUAGUUAAACAGUAUGUAGUCAUGGUUUGAUAAUGUCGUGGAAAGAGCCCAGUUCUCUAAUGAGCGCUAAAGUAUGUUAUUAAAGAAAUAGUUUGCAAUGCUUUCAGAUACGUAAGAUUGUUGAUUGGGCUAGAUCUUGAUUAAGAUGUUUGAAAAAAAGUUUGCAGAUUAUCUGAUAGUUAAAAUAUGUUUGAAUUGAGGUCGCAAAGCGACUUGCAUAUUAAAUUUUUCGUGAAUAUUGAGUAAUCAAGACAACAUCAAAUAUGAUUGAAAAAAUUUUUUUUUCAAAUCAGUAUAGGGAGAAGCCAAGUCCUAAAGUAUCAAUUGAAAGUAAGGAUUGACAAAAUGCAAAAGAUAUUUAACAACUAGAUUAUAUCAUAGUGCUGCAUGCAUUUAUCGUUAUGAUGAUCGACUAAUGAUGUACGUUUUGUGCGUGAAAUAAUCUGCCAAAGUUAGCGGUAGCAGACAUUUCGCGCACAGUUUCCGCGAGUAGAUGAAAUUUGGUCAGGCCAAAGGUACCAAAUACCAUUAACAAUCGUCAUACCAUUUAUUUUUACCUUUAAUCUCUUGGUUGACAUCAAUGCUUAGAAAUAUUACUUUUUGUUAUCUUAUUGAAUUUUAAUUUAUGUUUAACAUUUUUUAAAUUGGUACAAAAAAUUCUUUAGUUCUUUUUCAUCAGGGUUGAUGAAAAAAAAAAAAGUUAAUCGUAUUUGGUAACUUUGUAUAAUAAUUCACUUUGACAUGGGAGCAAAAUUGAGUGCAGCCCCAAUCUGACUAAAAAUUUGUCUCAAGGAAAUGCGUUUGUUGAAAUAGGUGGUAACUAGCGAAAUGAUUUUUAUUAAUUUCCAAUGAUACGAUUGCGCUACACGAAUAAUGUGCACGCAUACACUCAGGGAUAAAGUUCUGAAGUGCAAGAAUUUUUGAUUUUUGACAACAUUUGCAUGUGUUUCCCAAAAGCUGCAUACAAAGUGUCACAGCGUACUACAUAGCCGUGGCACACGCUUUAAGAUCGUGCUUAACAGACAGGUCGAUUGAAAACAAUUAUAAAACUUGGCAGAAGUAGUAUGAAAAAAAAAAAAACUGUAACUGGUAGGCGGGACAAAUGAUAAGAUUUUUAAAAAUUUAGAAAAUAAAUCCUCUUUGAUUUUAUACGCGCUUGAGUGAAAACCGCAGGUAAGUAUUUUUUACAUGCGCAAUGUCCCUGCCGUAUAAAUAUAUUUCGAUUAAUUUUAUCCUAUUAAAAACCAUAAAAAUUUUGUAAAUUGUGAUAUAAAUAAUAAAAUGUGUAUAGAAACGAUGUGACCCCUUCGGCAACAAACGCGAAGAGCCACAAAAAUAGCGGUAAUUUUAUUUUCCGCGAAAAAAAUUAUAAGAAAACCCCUAGCUUCUUUUUUUUAACGGACUCUGUGAAUAUUGUGUAUUAUAAUAAUUACUAAUUACUUAAAUUUAUAAAGUAUGAGUUGCGUUUCGAUAAAGCUGCCCAAACCUCAAUGUUAAAUAAACUCAAUUGUACAUUGUAUAAAUGAUAAAAAGAUUUUUUUUUAAUUUUAAAUCAGCAAAUCAAACCCGCACAAUGCGCGUGUAAAUUAGCCCCCCCCCUCCCUCACCGUAUAUAAAAUGCCCCUCUCGUUCCAUCACACAUUCACUCGCGAAUUGCAAUUUUGUUGUAUUAUAUAUAAUUUCGACGACUGCUCACAGAUAUGAUGACGAUUGACCCGUUAAUCGGAAAAUGGUUGUUCUCCUUGAAAUUUUUCUUUUUGUUCGUGAUUUUCUCACCUGUUUAUACUUUUUUUAAUUUCUACUCUAUAAUUUACUGUUGUAAGCUUUUUUUAGUCUCCUAAUAAAUUACAAUACGAGUUAUUUAAAUAUAUAUUAUUUCUAAUUUAUGUGCAAUUUCUAAGGAAAAGGGGAAGAAAAAAGCCGUCGGAAGAGACUGAAAGUAACGAUAUCGAGCUGCACACCCUUGUACAAUGUAUAAUAUUUUGUUAAUGUAGGUGUUAUAUAAACGAAAAUUGAUACGCUGUCGAUAGUAACUCGAGCAAAAUGUCCGUUUGUGAUUUUGUACAAAAUAAAAAUAUAAACGAAGUGAAAAGAGGAAAGAAAAGAACGAUGAAGAGGAAAACAGCAGCUUUCUUUGUAAAAUAUUGUAAAUAACGAUUUAUUAAACAAAUUGACAAAUUUCUAGGUACCUUUUCUCUCUCUCUUACUCUUUCUACGCACGAGAAUUACUUAUUUGUAAGGUGACAAAAUAAAUAACGCGUAUCGAGUGAACGGACGCAGAAAGGCCGUAAGUUGUGAUGCGACGACGAGUACGUACUUACGCGUAUUAAUUUUCCGACGGUAGCUAUAUUGUCAUUGUGUAUGUUUUCUUUUUUCUUCUUGUCUUUUAAAAACGAUAAGUUAAUUUUUUGCAAUGGAAAAAUUUCAAUGGAGACAGUGACCUUUCUGUUCCUUUUGAUGCAAACGACGACACUGAUAGGCUUACAAACAGCUAUCAAUAAUGAAAAAAUAUUAAAUAAAAGAAAAACUAAGGGGACGGAUCGAUUAACGUAACGUUAUUACGCCAACUGCCUAACAGACAGACAUUCCAACUUUCAAAGAAGAAAUACAUAUAAAAAAGCUGCAAGCAUAUGAGUUGAAUGAUCAUUUUCAAUUUCAAGUCAGGGUAUAAUA